AUGGAUUAAUUAAACCCUUGGAUGGAAGAAAAUAUACUAAAAUGGAGUUAAAAAGCCUAACUUUUGAACACUAUGUACUUAAAAAAAAGUGGCAUGAAAGGUCUUUUAUAAACUCCUAUAGGCUAAGCUUAAAAAGCAAUGGAAUAAUUCGAUAAAAUGUUAUAUAAGAGUUAAUUAAAGAGAAAUUCAUUUAGAAUUUUGGGCGAAAAUGCAUCUAAUAUCCAAAGAGAUAUAGACGAGGAAAUAUAUGAUGAUAAUGACUUUUAUAAUGAGCUUUUGAAAGAAUAUAUGACCGAAAUCGAAGAAAAUAAAGAAGUAGGAUAAGAUGGACUCCUCUUUGAUUCUACUAGACUUUAUUUAUUAGAUAGAAAACUAAAAUAAUAGGAAAAGAAAUUAAAAACUGUAGACAGAAAAACAUCAAAAGCUAGAAAAAUAAGAUACGAUGUUCACUAAAAACUAGUAAAUUUUAUGAAUCCUGUUUAAUAGGAAGACUAUAUUAUAGACGGAAGAAUUUAGAUUGUUUAAAAUAUUUUCGGAGGAAAUAAAAAAGAUAAUAAUGAUGAUGAUAAAAAUAUAAAAAAAAAGGAUAAUUAAGAAGAUAUAGAUGAUAUUGAAAUUAUUUGA